UAAACUGGUAUAGUAAAAUUGUUCACAAGUUUAUGUGUUACCUAUACCUCAGGCGCGUGUCAUUUCAGUUUUUAAGUUAUCGAUGCACAUUUUUUUUAAGCCAUUUUCAAAUAAUUAGAUACUCCAAGCCUAUAUAGUUAUACUAAAUAGGUUAUAGCAAUUAUCAGUAUACACCUAGUAGGUAUAUCUUAAGAGUACAAUAGAACAUGUUGUAUGUAAGUGAUAGGAUUUAAAAUAUAAACAAAUAGGAAUUAGGGCCAGAUUCAGGAAAAUCGACUUAUUUAGCUUAAAUAAAGUAAUAAUCUGUGCCUCAAAACCCUAAAUUUUUGUUAGACUCUGAGACAUACAAUUCGACAAUGUUCAUGACAUAAAGUGAAAUUGUGCAAAUCAACCAAAGUUAAAACAAAAAACCCAAAUUCAGUUGAAGGGCGACUUGAUCAUUAAUUUUAACUGAUUAUCAGUAGUUGAUACUGAUUAGUAAUUUAUGACAAAUGAUAAUAGUUGUUACUUUUUAUAAAUGUCUUAAACCUUAUUGUUAAGACACAAAUACGCAAUAACGGAGAUAGAUAUAAAUAUACUAUUAUUAUCUAUUCUUAACUUACAAAACCAAUUGUGUUAAGCAAUUAGGUAAAUUUUCAAUACAAUUCAAUACAAACGAAAUCAUAUAUUUCGGUUAAGAUAGUGGACUACUGGACUUUAUAAAUUAUUGACUUAUUUCAAAAUAUAGAACUAUAAGAAAUUACCUAUGCUUGAGAAUAUUGCCUUUACGUUAAUUCAGCGUUGUAAAAAUAGGAAUACUAUUUUCAACUACAGUUUUACUAGUCUUAGCAUAUAUUUAUUUUCAUUAAAAAAUAAUACGUUGGAGAUUUGAUUCAACCAGUUUCAGUAUGUAUGUUAUGUAUGACUGUUGUUUGCAUUAUAUUGAAACAGACUAGAACAACAAUUAUUUUUAAUUUGGAGUAUUAAUUUUUAAAGAAAUGUAUUCAAUAUUUUUAUUAUAACUUGACUAUAUAGCUUAUAGUGAAUGAAAUUUUUUUAUUUUCCUAAGACACUUAUAUGGUUAUCUAUUACUAUUUGCCAUGUACCUAUAUUCAUAGGUGGUACUAGAUACUCUUGGCAGGGUGGAGGGCAGAAAAUAUUUUAACUGUUAAUAUAACUAAAUAGUCCAUAUUUUUAGGCUAGUACCGAAUAUACCUAUUAUUAAAAAAAUAACAUGAAUUUAUUUAUUUAAUUAUCUUAUAACUCCAUGUGUCCUUGAUCAUCUGGAUCAUUGUCACCUAAAUUAUUUAAUACAAUUAAUUUGGUAGGUGGUAAAAAAGUCCACGGAAAAAAAGCCCAGAAAAAAAAUUAAACUUAAAUGUGAACACAUGUACUUCUAUUCUACUUUUAAUUAGUAAUUAAUAAUUCAUAAAUUAUCAUAGCUCAUAUAAUCAAUGUUAUAUGCGAAGACUUAAUAAAUUAAUAAGAAACUUUUUUUACUUAUUUAUUCAAUGAACAUUUUCAAAUAUAAAAUAAUUUUAUGUCUGAAUAUGGCUUAUGCUUAACUAUUAAUUGUAUAUAAAAACCACUCUUAAUAGAAAAAAAAACUUAAACAUACAUUUAAACUCAUACAUACAUAAUAUUAUACAGUGUUAAGUUAUAAGUCAAAAAACAGCAGGGGUGCAAGACGUAUAAUAUCUUGGGUAUACAUACACUACAUUUAUACAAAAAUUGCACAUGAUAAUAAUUUAUAACAUUAUUUUCAUUAUAAUAUAUUAUAUUUUGUAAUAGGUACACGCCACAAGGUAAUCACUAAUUAGGAGUGUGAGACAUGAGGAUAGGUACAUGUGUUCAUAUUUAUAUUUUAUUUUUUUUUCGGUGGGUCCUUUUUCUUUGGUCUUUUUUUCGUCUAUUCAUUAUCUAUGCUUGUGAGCCCGUGCAUGUUACAGCAACGAAUUUCGUAUUGAAAAUACAAUAAUAAUAUAUCUUUUUAGAGUUAGAAAACCGAGAUUCAAGGAACUAUGUAUUAAUACAGGCACGGUCGGCAGGAGGGGCAGUUAACUAUUCUGCCUCCCUCCCACUGUAGUACCGCCUAUGCCUAUAUUGUAUAGUUUGGUAGUGACAAUCAACAUUUAAAUAAAAAUAAUCAAAACCAAUUAGCCAGUUGUGUUGAUUUUAAGCAAUAAAUAUUUAUGAAUUAUGAUAACAAUAUGAUAUAGCAAACAAUUUUUUUAUAGAGGUCAAUUUUCAUAUGCAAUUUUUGGUGUUAUAUUACUUUUAAUGUGUUGAAUGCUAAUUCGAAUCUGAGUCUUAAUAAUUACUAAUUAUUUAUUUAUUAGUACAAAAUCCACACUUUUAAAAAAUAUAUAUCGAUUAUUUGUUUGUAAGCAUAACUAAUAUAAGUGUGGCAUAAAUUGAUGAAAUAGGUAUGUUUCAUUUUUAAGAAAAAAUGGCAAUUUCCUAUUAAAUUUGUAAUCUUGUAAAUGAUUUGCUCUUUAGCUUUAGAUAACGUAAUAAUUUAAUAUCUAUGCAGUUAAUAAUAAUAUAUUAUGUUCACUUAGUAGCUUUAAAACUGUGUAAUGUUUCUGAUUACAUUUAAAUGAUGUAGGUAGCACAUUUAAUACCUAACAAUGACUAGGUACCUAUCAUAAUAUUAUUGGAUUGGAAAUUAUGUUAAUAAGUGAACAAACAUUUUUAAUUUUACCUACUGUAUGAAUUUAGUGUCUUAGUACAAAAUAUUUAUUAAUCUGUUGAAAAUCAGCGUUCAAACAUCAUAUAUUAAUUACUUUGUACAAUAAUUCUUAACAAACAAUCUAAAUAGGAUUCUAUAUAACAAUCUUGAGUAGUCCUUAUUUAUUAUUAUGGACUGCGCUGUAAGAUCGUUAUAUUUGUUGAUUGUUUUUUUAAUAUUUUCAACGUUUCACGGACCACGGAUGCAAGUGGUAGAAAGUGCAAACAUUUUAGCGAUAGAAAUGGUUGUAGGCAAAAGCCACUGGAACUUUUUCAGCUCAGUACUACGAUCAUUGACGGAUAAAAGACAUCAUGUCACUGUGUUUACACCAGUCACAGAAGGCAACCGUGAAAACUAUACAGAAAUCGACACGUCCGAUGAUUUACCAAAAAACAGUGGAUUAGCCUUCACGGAUAUGAUGAAGGUGUUCGGCGAUCCAAUCAAAAUGUUAUGGUUCGGUCCAGGUAUAGCGAGAUCUUAUUGCGAUAUUAUUCACGGAAACGAACGAUUUAAAGAUAUUUUGGAAGGCUUCGUUCAUACCGAUUUUGAUGUGAUCCUUAUCGAACCCAUCUGGUUGGACUGUGAAUCAUAUGUGGCCACCAAAUUGAAUUUGCCUAUAAUAUACGUAGUACCGCAGACGAUAUUCACCUUUUUGGAGUAUAUUUACCUCGGACAUAUGCCUAAUACCGCGUCAGCUUCAAAUUUUAUGGCUGACUACAGUGUUCCUAAAACGUUCGUACAACGAUUUUCUACUACUGCUUUGUUGACGUACAGCAUAUUGACAUUCAGUUACUCCGAUUUUCUGUUUAAGUACAGAGAACCGAAACCGUAUGACGUUCCUGAGCCUGUACUACCUUCUGCGAUGUUUGUAAACACUCAUUAUAUUACUGAAGCAUCGAGACCUAAUUUUUUUAUUUUGUUUCUGUGGGUGGCAUCCAUUUGAAAGCUGUGCAGAAUAUUCCGAAUGUAUACCAACUUAUUAUAAUGA